AUGACCCCACUCCCACCGCGUCACCCACCCAACCUCAGCGCACCAUACAAUCCCCCACCAGACCAUGCUACCUGGCGCGCCGCAGUCAUCACCGACCUCCAUGCCGCCAAUACUAUCAUGAAAUACGCAGCACAGCUCGUAAACAUCUCCGACGACCGCGACUGGAGCGAACCAGAGUUUGAACAGGCGGCGGCACUGGAGGAGGCUGCGGGGGAGCUGGAAGAGAGGCUAGCACGACAUCAAAGCGUGUUUGCACGUGUCCAGAUGGGGGCAACGAGGAGGGAGCUGUGGGCAAAGGACUUGCCAAAGCUGGAGGCGGGAAGGAGAGAUGUGGCGGAUGUUCUGACGGAUUUGGGAAAUGCGUUGAAGGCCGCGGAGGGAGAGGAGGGGGAGAAUAGGGAGAGGCCGAAGUAUUUGCCGCCACCCUUUAUAGAGGAUACGGUAUUGAGGGUGGGGAAUCUGGGGAGUAGAAGGAGGCGGUGA